AUGGAAACCGAAGACAACUCGUCCCCAAUUCCUCCAGACUGGGACCAACCAUUCACAGACCAAGAACUCAAAGCCAUUGAAGCCGCAUUUCAAUCUGCUACAUCUUCCUCUCCAAUCAAGCGGCGCCGCUUGGGUAGUUGUAACGGUGAAGUUCAUCCAAAAACUCGCCGCCGAUUGCCUGAUUCGAUAUUCAGUUCUAAUUCUAUUUCUUUAUCGCCUUGCCCUAAAAAUCGGUUCAACAAUUACCAUCACUCUUCUUAUCAAGCUAAGAUAAUCAUGCGAUACCCUGCAAUGGCUUUUGGAGGUCGUAUUGUGUACAGCAAAACUGUUGCUGAGGUAGAGAAAGCUGCAAAUGAGCUUUUAAAAUUCGUCGAGGCUAGGAAAAAAGAAGACAGGCAGGUCAUUCUUGGAUUUGACAUUGAGUGGAAACCCACAUUUAGAAGAGAAGCACUGGGGUGCAGUGACUUCGAUGUCAUGCAAUUGUUUGUGGAUAUUAGCGCAAAAUAUUGGAGAUAUCUACCGGGGAAAAAGGAGAUAUUUGAGAUUGUACAGAAUCCUAUCUUCCUGGGCUUUGGAAAUGCCCACGUCCCCAUGGCUUUCUCCUUACCUUUACUUCCACGCAUGCAAGUUAUGAGGAUUGGACCAGAGUUAAAAGGAAGAAGUGCAAGAAAACGUGAGGAGAAAGCACUUGGUAAAUUUGUUGAGGUUUCCGGUGUUUCAUUCUUUUUCAUGAACAGGGAAAAGCUUGUCAACAAGACUGAGCAAUUGCAUGGUGGGAGGAAGGAUGUGAGGGAUGCAUUUUGUUGCAAAGUGGUCGACAGUGAACGUGGGAUGGCUUGUGAUAUGUGGAGUAGUUUGAGAGACACCUAG